UCCAAGAAUAUCAUAUCACCCAAUCUUAAUAAAUAAUUAUAUGCUUCAACUUCAACGCAUCUCAAGAAGCUCUAGCUUUUCUUGUGAGAUACUGUACCUUCUUCAAUUCUUUCUCUUCUCAUAUUGAAUUUCCAGGUGGGGAAAUUUUAUUCAAAUCAUUUCUAUAGCCCCCCCUUUUUUUUUUCUUUUUCUUGAGAAAAAUGGACUGUGUGCAAGUGAAAGGUAAGAAAAGCCAGAUUAUGAAGUCCUGGAAACGCUGUCUAUCACCAAGAGCAAGAAGGUCCAACGACAAGUGUUCUUGCGAUUCAUUGGCAAAAAGCAAAUCCUGGAACUGCGCCACAACAUCAUCUUCAUUGUCACCUGAAAAAGAAAAGACGCGUACUCAAGUUGCUCCAGAAGGUUGUUUCACAGUGUACGUUGGACCAGAGAAACAAAGGUUCGUUAUCAAGACACAGUACGCUAACCAUCCAUUGUUCAAGAUUCUGCUAGAAGACGCUGAGUCGGAAUACGGAUUUAAUAGCCAAGGUCCAAUUUUGCUUCCCUGUGAUGUGGACUUGUUCUACAAAGUGUUAGCGGAGAUGGAAAGUGGUGGAGAUAAGAAUAUUGAUCCUGCUGGUUUCGGAUGUGGUAAAGGUUAUAGUCCAUUUCUCCUUUUCAGUCCCUCUCGUCGACCAAACUUCAACGUUAACAAAGGUUAUGGAGCUUAUCGGCUUCUCAGUCCCUCCAGAAUGCUCAAGGUCAAUGGAUUUUAACUUCAUUAAAGUUAUAUCUUUGUAUAUGUGUAAACCAGCUAGUCCAUCUCUAAUAUUCCACUUCCUUAAAUAUAUAAUUGACAAAGAUGUCUUACACAUAAACCCUGCGUAAUUUUGUUGAUAAGGAAACAAUUUUUGUAGACCCCUUUCUACCAUUCAUAUAUAUUGACUGUACAACUAGAGAGUAAGGAAAUUUUAGUUUCUUUUUUCUUUCUCCAAUCUGAUAAUAAAUUAC